CUGUGAUUCUUAUAUACCUGCCAGCAAAGGGUACCUUUGCUUAGCACCUCCAGACUCCAGCUCCACGGUAAGCUGGGGAACUCCAUAUGCGCUGCACCACCACAGCCAGCAGAAACCUUUCCAUAAAAAUACUGAAGCCAAUAAAAAGGCUGUUGAAGAUGAUCUGACAGCUCUUGAUGAGAAAGCUCUUCAGCAGCAGUGUUACACAAGCAAACCGUACAGCGCACAGCACAGUAUGAGAAAGCUAGCAGCAGAAGACUUUGCAAUAGAGAGGAGAAAGCAAGCCGUGGUGGAGCAGGUGAUGGCGGACCAACUGUCCAGGGCUGUCAUAAGUGAUCCUGAACAAAAUGGGACCAUCAGAGAACAGAAUUCUCUCCCAGGGCUUGGAUCAGCACCUUUACGCUUUAAGAACAGGACACUACAUGACACAAAAGUGAAGACCAGUUCAGCAUUAACAGAAAAUUUGUCUAACAAAUUGCGCUUUGAUGCUAGAAUCUUAUCAAGAAAUGGACGUGAUGCUUGCAGAGAGCUGAUCGGAUUCUUCUUUGGCUUUGAUAAAUCUCUAACAGUCUGUGAAUAUCGUCAUUUUGGAAAAAAUAGAUCAAAUGCACUUCCAUUUAUUCAGAAGGGUGCUUACAGUCAUCAGCAUGGAAGGAGAAAAGGAAUGCAAUACCAAAUUCGAGAUUUCUAUGUUGUAAGUACCGCAUUAUUAACUAGUUGGUAACAUACCAAGAAAAUGUUUUCUUGUGGGAAGCUUUGAUAUUUUAUGGUGUUAGCAAUAAAUUGUUCUACAAUAUGUUCUGCAGUAAUGUGUUACAGUUCCUGUUCAUUCAUAUUAUACUUUUUGACAUUGUGUUCACAUGUUCACACUGUUUAUAUAAAUGUAAACGGGGCCAACAUAACUUUCGCCACAUCUGGACAAAAUCUACCGGAAAGUAUUAGACAGAAGACGUCCUUCACCAUUCGGAUUACUAAUGUGGGUGAAGUUCCCAAAAGUAUGCUGCUGUAAGUUGAAUAUUUGCUUCCUCUUUUUUAUCUUAUUUGUCUUUAACGUAUUUAGAUUGCAGUAUUACUUUGGAAUUAUAAACUUGGACAAUACACACGAUCUUGCUUAAAGAGUAAGUAGCAGAGUUCCGAAAAAUAUUGCGUUAUACAUCCCCACGUAUUGCUACAACUGUUUAAGUAAUGUACCUGGAAUUUUUCUUAAUUUUCCCAACAACUAUUUACACUUAUAACUUUAAAGUCUGUUUUUCAAAUCUUUUUUCAAAAUGGGCACUGGCAUUUGAGAUCUGUCCUCCAAAUCACUGCAGGAAGAGAGAUUAAAAAAAACAAAAAAAUAAAUAACAAGUACUCUGGUUUUUCAGUUCUGUACCACAUCAUGGAUCGUUAUUGCUGUGUUUACCUGUUUGACAAUAUGGUCAGUAAUCCUUACACUAUCAGUGCACGGGAGCGGCCAUUUUGAAAAGAGCUUUGAAACAGACUUUAAAGUUAUAGUGUAAAAAGUUGUCAGGGUAUUAACAAUGAAAAGAAAAAUUAAAGGUACAUUAUUUAACAAUCUGGACCAUGAUAAAUCUAAGCUGAUUUAGUUCAGAUAAAGAUUUACACUCAUGGGGGCCUGGAACUCUCCAAGGAAGUAAUCUCUUUAAAACCUACAGACUUGGGUGAGAUUUAUUACAAAAAUGUCUUCAAGACCAUUCAAGGUAAUCCUUAAAUCUGCAGGCUGAGAUACAUGUCCUGGUAUAAUGUAUUGCUUUGUUUGAAACCUUUGUUUCACAGUGUACAGUAGACUGCUUUUUCACUCAUUUAUUUAUUUCUGUCCCUCUAGGAAAGUUGAAGGAAAGGCUAAGUAAGAGAGGAGUUCGUACACUGACAGGAUUAGGAAAGUACUUCCGAAAUAAAGACACGUCUGGCGAUGGUGUUUUACAGAAGACAGAGCUCAGACAAGCUCUGAAAGAAUUUCAUUUGGACCUGCCUGAUAAGGACUUUGAAUCUCUUGGCUGAUACUGGAUCAGAACUGUGAUGGACAAGUAGAUUAUGGGGAGUUCAAAUGGGCAGUAAUUGGAGAAAUGAGUGAAUAUCACAAGUCUUUUGUUAGAAAACCUAUAUGAAACUUGACCCAAACAAGACUGGCAACAUUGCUGUGAUUGACAUCAAAAAGUUCUACUGUGCCAAGGGACACCCAAAAGUGUUAUCUGGUAAAGCCACAGAGGGCAGCAGUGUGGAGUAGUGGUUAGGGCUCUGGACUCUUGACCGGAGGGUUGUGGGUUCAAUCCCCAGUGGGGGACACUGCUGCUGUACCCUUGAGCAAGGUACUUUACCUAGAUUGCUCCAGUAAAAACCCAACUGUAUAAAUGGGUAAUUGUAUGUAAAAUAAUGUGAUAUCUGUAUAAUGUGAAAUAAUGUAUAAUGUGAUAUCUUGUAACAAUUGUAAGUCACCCUGGAUAAGGGCGUCUGCUAAGAAAUAAAUAAUAAUAAUAAUAACAACUCAGAGCUGCUUUUGUGGAAUCCUGCAGAGAUCCCAGUUUCGUUUCAUACACUGAAUUUGAAGAUUAUUAUGAAGGACUGAGUAUUGGAAUAACUGAGGACGAAGAUUUUGCUAAUGUCCUAAAAAAUUCCUGGGGAAUAUAUAUAUAUAAAAAAACUGGAUAGAGGCUGGAAAAAACUAUUGUGAGCGUUACUGUGAACAUGAGUAUUGAUGCCUUCAUUUAUUGAAGGCUUUUGUUUGAUUGUCAAUUUUUUUAAAACAACUUUACAGAUAGAAAUAGGUGAAUUUAAGAAAAAAGCAUAUACUUUUAGGGGAAAAAAUCUGUACUUUGCUGUAUGAUUGUUUUAAAGGAAUAGUUAUGCAUCAUUAAUAAGGUGAUAUAAAUUUAAAUUAGUGCAAAAUUUGUACUUGUAAUGUUUUUUUUUAAUUUUUUUUUUUUUACCUUAUGUUGAAAAUCACUUCAAAACUAUUAUUAAUAUUUGGCCUUUUAAAGUGUUUAAAUUACAUGCCAAUGGGCUUAAAUGGACUUCUUAACUAUUUUAAUAUUUAAUAGAAAAUAAUGUCUCAUGCAGCCCUGGUAAUUAAUCUAUAUGUAGGUAAAUGAAAAGGUUAUUAGGAAUGUUAAAUGUAGCAAUAUCUUACAUUAUAGUUACAGCACUUAUGGCAACGGUACAUUGGUAUUUCACUUAAAGAAUAAGCAAUGUGGAACUGGUACUUAGUCAAUUUGUUUACUACAUAUUUUUAACCCCUUUAAAUAUUCUCACAUGCUAUUGCUGUUUUUUGUGUACAGGGAGGCACUAUUUUGAAUAAAUGUACAUUUUUGUAGUUAACCUGUGUCUGAAGUGUAAAGUGCCUGCAGUGGUC